AUGACGAGCAGUGCGAAGCGGAAAGAAGACGGUCAUUUGGCGAAUGGAGGUGUUAAGCAGUCCACAUGGAGCAAAGCCCUCAGCUGCAGCGCCGUCUGGGAAGAGAAGGAUGAGUUCUUAGACGUCGUCUACUGGUUUCGUCAAAUUAUUGCUGUAAUACUUGGUGUCAUAUGGGGCAUCGCGCCAUUGAAAGGAUUUUUGGGAAUAGCCAUAUUCUGCAUCAUCAAUGCUGGGGUCCUGUACGUUUACUUCAGCAGCUUUCAACAGAUCGAUGAGGAGGAGUACGGCGGCACAUGGGAGCUCACUAAAGAGGGAUUCAUGACAUCGUUUGCUCUUUUUCUGGUGGUGUGGGUAAUCUUUUACACGGCGUUGCAUUUUGACUAA